AAGCAGCGUGGAGAGUGGAGGAGAGAGCUGUUGAGAGAUUGUAGACUGCAUUGCAUGCGAAGGAAAAAUCAGGGUCACUUGAUUAGACCUCCAUUGCAGGGAUUGAUUCAAUUGGUCUCCUAUUUCUAUUUAUACAUCUUGGGCUUUUCAUGCCCUCCACUCUGCAACGCUUGCCCAUUCGGUGAACGGCUGGCCAUAGGCGAGUGCUUGCUCUAUCAACCAGGGUCACUCAGAGAGAGACAGAGAGAGAGAGAGAGAGAUACGCCUCUCCUUGUGCAAAGAUUCACUGCCCAUUCAGGGGCCUCUUCACUCCGCCCCAUCAGCCUGGCCUGACUGGGCCGUUGACUACUGGUACCCUCUCGCCCUCUCAGUAGAUAAGGUUUACCUUAUCACCGUAGUGGUGGCGUUGAGAUUAACCAGAGAGCAACUCCUAUCUCUUAUCACUGUUUUAUUGGUCCUUUUUGCCAUCAUUUGCCAGUAGCUCUGCUCUGUGUAAACUGUUACGUACUGUACUCCCUCAAUUUUAUAACUGAGUUUGCUUUGAGGAGAGCAGGCAGCAUGGCUAGGCUCAGGAGGCGUUUUCUUGCGCCCGGAGGUCACCGCGAGGAGCAUCCUAUGUAUCCGCAUCGACCCCAACGUGACCCUGGAGGAUUUCCUCCAGGAUAUGAGGGGCAUCUGCAACUUCCCAGAGAAACAGAACUUCACUGUCAAAUGGCUGGAUGAAGAUGGUGAUCCAUGUACCAUAUCUUCACAAGAAGAACUUGAAGAAGCCAUCAGACUUUAUGAACUCAACAAAGACUCCAAUAUCAAUAUUCAUGUAUUCCCAACAGUUCCAGUCCGACCUGGCCUGCCUUGUCCUGGGGAAGACAGAAACAUAUACAGACGUGGAGCUCGACGAUGGAGAAAACUCUACAAAGUCAAUGGACAUACAUUCCAACCAAAGAGAUUCAGUCGGAGGGCUUUGUGUACCUACUGCGCAGACCGUAUCUGGGGUCUUGGGCGGCAGGGAUACAAGUGCGUUGACUGUAAGCUGCUCGUUCAUAAGAAAUGCCAUCGUCUUGUGAAGGUGUCAUGUGCGGAAAGACAGGCCAAUCUGUCCACCCUGGACGAGAGGAGUGGAUCGGGAAGCUUGCCACACUUUGGUUCCAAGCCAGGCGAUAGAAGCGACUCCCAUCACAAACGAACCCCAACUGGCCCCAUGUCCCAACCCCCUUCUGUCACCUCCACCACCCUUAAAGACCCCUCACACGCACCUCAUUCCUCCUCCCUGCGUCAACAAGGCUCGGCACCUCCCCCCUACGCCGGCUUUGAAAACGCUGCCUUUUUCGGGGGCAGCGGGCGCAGCGACAGAGAUUCGAUGGACUCCGUGGACACAGACUAUUCAUUAGGUAAAAGUGGAAGCCCAAGACACCAACGCAAGAACAGGGAUAGCACCGCUUCUUCCACACCGUCUACAGCUCCCAAUGGCAACGACAAGAUAGGUAACUCUCCAAUCUCAUUGGACGAUUUUGAAUUGCUGAGGGUCAUAGGUCGCGGAAGCUAUGCCAAGGUGCUUCUAGUGGAAUUGAAGGCGACAAGUCGUGUGUAUGCCAUGAAGGUGAUCAAGAAAGAGCUUGUGACCGAUGAUGAGGACAUAGACUGGGUCCAGACAGAGAAGCAUGUCUUUGAGACGGCUUCUAAUCAUCCAUUCCUUGUAGGUCUCCACUCCUGCUUCCAGACGGUCAGCAGGCUGUUCUUUGUGAUUGAGUUUGUGAGUGGAGGUGAUCUCAUGUUUCAUAUGCAGAGACAGCGACGCUUGCCAGAGGAACACGCUAGGUUCUACUCAUCAGAGAUCAGUCUGGCUCUUAACUUCCUGCAUGAAGGAGGUGUGAUCUAUCGAGACUUGAAGCUUGACAAUGUGUUACUGGAUGCUGAUGGUCACAUCAAACUCACUGACUAUGGCAUGUGUAAAGAGGGACUGAGGCCAGGAGAUACUACCAGUACAUUCUGUGGUACACCCAACUACAUCGCACCAGAGAUACUGAGAGGAGAAGACUACGAUUUCAGUGUGGAUUGGUGGGCUCUUGGAGUGCUCAUGUUUGAGAUGCUCGCUGGACGAUCACCGUUCGACAUCGUCGGUAACGCUGACCAUCCUGACCAGAACACUGAAGAUUAUCUAUUCCAAGUUAUCCUUGAGAAGCCUAUUAGGAUACCCAGGUCUCUGUCUGUCAAGGCUGCAUCAGUACUCAAAGGAUUCCUUAAUAAGAACCCUAUAGAGCGUUUAGGAUGUCAUCCUCAGACUGGUUUCGGUGACAUCACAGGGCAUCCUUUCUUCAAGACUAUAGACUGGGAUAGAAUUGAGUCUCGUCAAGUGACACCACCCUACAAGCCACACCUUCAGAGUGACCGUGACCUAGAACAUUUUGACCCUCAGUUCACAGAAGAGCCGAUACAACUGACCCCUGAUGACCCGGGUGUUCUAAGUCAGAUAGACCAAGGAGAGUUUGAGGGCUUUGAGUACAUCAACCCUCUACUAAUGUCCGGGAAGAAUGUGUGUGAUCUUUGUGUUCGUCAUCCUUCUUUACUCCAAUAAUUUAUUUGCACCUUGAAAGAUGAUGUUAGUCUUUGUUGCCAGCUGUUUGUAUGUCAAAUAAAGAUGGGAGAGUAUUAUAUCUAAAAUUGAAAUGAAUGUUAAGAGAAAGUGCUUACGUACAGAGCUUGCAAUGGUAUAGAAAUGCAUUUGAAUCUAUAAAAUUAUCAACAGUAUGUAUUCUUGUGUGGUCAGUAUGUACGCUGUAUGAGAUCGAUAAAUGUUGGCAAGAGCAUGAAUGAGCUUGCCACAAACAAAUGCAAGAAGUACUGAUGUGAGUGUUGGGUUUGCAGUGAAGUAAGGAGAGCUGUAGGGCCUUCAAAUGUUGCUGUGCAUCAUUUUACCCUUAGCCAGAAAAAAGACCAAAGAAAAAAAGUAUUGUAUUCAAAUGCAGAAGGAUAUGAAAGUGGCUGUUUCUGGGUGGGAAAUGAACCAUGGACCUUAUGGUUUGUGAACCUGGUGGUACAAACCACUGAGCCACACCCCUCUCUGAUGGUACGAUUUGAUUACAGUUGGAUUUGAGAUGUGCUGAGGAAGUUUGUAGAUUCAAAUAUUUAAGAAAUGGAUGUUCUUGUGAAAUUCAGCCCUGUAUGAGUAUAUGGUAUGCAAAACACAAGAACAAAGUUUGUGGGCACGGCUGUGAAUGUUUCUGUGUGUAUACAAUGAUAUGAUAAAUAUUUAAAUGUAGCCAUGUAAAAUAUGUAUGCGAAGUGAUGUGCAGUCAAACAAGUUGAUGUGACUCCACAUGAACGUCACAAAGUAGGAAAGAAAGAACAUAAACAAUCAGAUGGCUUGCUAAAACUGUGCCGCGACUCCAGCAAAAAGACGACUUGAAGAGAAAGUGAUUGUGAAACUGUGGAACUAGAAUUAUGUUACCUUUCUUGCAGCAGUUCAUGUGCAUCAUAACUCUGUUUGAAAAGGCUGUUGUAUGAGACUAGUCGCUUUCAGUGUGAAACCGUCGAUAUAUGCCUUAUAUUUAUGCUGCUCUGGUUAUGUCUUUUUUGUCUCUUUCUUAUUGGAGAUUUAAAGUGUUCUUUAUAGUCUGGAAAUUGUGAUUAUUUUGAGAUAAACAGAAAUAGAAGCAAAUAAGUGCUUCAACAAUAAUUAACAACUUAUGCUCUUGAAAGAUAGAAUGUGGACUAGAAAAAAAAGAAUUUGUAACUUUAAAGGAGGCUUUUGAAUUAUUAAGAAUCACAGUUUUCAAAUCAUUGACAAAUAACCAAAAUAGAAGAAAGAUGGUUCAUAAAUUGUAUCUUUGAUGUUUCAAAAGUUAAAGAUGUAUUACAAACUUCAAUAUCUACAUCAUCAGUGUUUGUGACUACAUUUCAAACAAAUAAGCCAAAUUAAGACGGCAAAACAGAGCAAAGACUUGCAGUAUGUGAACAAGUGAAAAUGAAGGAAGCCUUGUAUAAAUCUUAUUGAUGACAGCUUUAUCGAGUACAUCGUGGCAGUUCAAUGUUGUGUGAAAUCAUAAUAGUGAAUUUGUGACAAAAUAAAACCUGUGGAAAGAAGAACAAAAUGGCCUGCUACGCUUAUGCUUGAAGUAUUUGAUUGUGCCUAGAUAAUUCAUUUUUUAUUUUACAAAUGCCUUAUAGAGCUGAGCGCUUUCAAAUGCUUAUCAUAGUAAUUGUCUGAAGUAUAAGUGCUUCUGGAAACAGUGUAAGUGGUGUGAAUGUUAUAACAGUCCCAUGUGCAUGUUCUAGAUGUUGGAAAGUAAUAAUUCAUGAAUGUUUGGUUGAUAAGAUUUAACAAAAGAUCCAUUUCAUUAUAUACUGAUUGACUUGAUUAGUUGACAAAAUGACGCACUCCUAAUGUAUUUCAAUCCUUUUUGGAAUAAGAGAGACAGUUUGCAUAUUUGGAGUAUCAAUUUAAAGUUUCAGUUCACAUAUGUUAUGAGACUUUCUUGACACUUAUCAUCCUCUCCAGAUUUCUUAUUUAAAAAUGUAAAUUCAUCAGAUAAAUUCGUUUUCUCUCUUUGGAUUCUUUCCAGAGAUGUGCUCUGCAUAUGAGAUCAAACUCAUUCCAUUGGGAUAAGAAUAAGACAUACCCAAUAAUAAUAUCUCCACAAUGAUAUGCAUUUCCAGUGUUAUGUGCAACAGUACUACUAACUGAUUCCUGUAUUCAGCAACCAAUUGUUUUUGUUUGAUUUUUAUAUUAUUAUUAUUGUGGUUAUAAUUCCUUUAAAAACUUCUGUAAGUAAGUGACUUUGUUCAUGCUAUUUGCAUUCACCUAUAAAUUGCCUUAACUUGUGCUCAAAUAUUAUUAUGUUCUUGCUCUCUGCUUCUGAUUUUGCUAGAACAUAUAUUAAUACUAUGGUAACUUACUGGGGUCAUUCACAAUGCCCAAUUGUCAAACAAUAAACAUAAUUUUGUCUCAGAAUAGAAUUGUAUUUACAAAUACCUCAUUGUAGCUAUUGAUUUGUGAGUUAACUAAUAUAUGUAUUCUUUCCAUGACAUAAUACAUACAAUAUUCAUAGGUAUAAGUAGUCCUACAUGUGUAUACAUAAAUUAAAAAAAAUUAUGGAAUUUAGUAAUCCUAUUUUGUUACCAUUAAAAAAGCAAGUAAUUUGUACAUCAUAACAUCCAUAGGUCAUAUCAAAGCAAUUUGUUUAUUUGGAUUAAUUUAUGAUUUCAUAGAUAGAUCAUAUUACAAUUAUUUCUUUUUCUUUUUCAAACAAAAUUAACUCCCUAAGAUGUUAAUGGAACAUUCCAAUUUCAAACCAUAUAAUGUACAUAACAGGACUCUUCCACUAUCACUGAAGGGCUGGUCACAAAAAUAAUCUUCCUCGUGUACUUCAAUAUUUGUGUUCUCUUUGCUAUCCUAUAGGCAAUUGUAAUUUUAUGUACAUAUUUUGUUUAUAUUUACUCUUGUAAUGUAUAUUUCAUUAUGUCAGAUAUUUUGUAUUCAGUAAUGCUGACUAUAUGUAAUAAUAUUAUAUGUUAUCAUUUCUUUAGUGCACUUAUAAGAUUAUGCAAUCUUAGAUUUCCGUUUUCACCCAACGUGGAACUUUGAACAAAUUCUUUUAUUUUCCCUUUUGAAAAUUCCUCUACCUUUUUAUAUCUUUUCUUUGUUAAUAUGCACCAUACAAAAAUCUUGCCGCUUUUUCUCUCUUUCUGUCUCUCUCCCCUUUCAUUUCUUUCUCUCUUUCGAUUCAGGUAAGAUUGAAUAGUGAACCCAACCUAUUUAAAGUAUUGAUCAGAAAAUGAAGCAUUACUUAAAUGAACUAACUUAUAGGCCUUCACGUAGGGUGAAUAGAGAUGGUUAUUGAGCAAUGUGUUGAAGACAAUAAAUUACCCUUACGUGGGUUACGAGAAUGAUUUCCAAGGCA